CCCCCCCUUCCUCUCGCCUGUCGCCUCGACUCCCGGACGUCUCCUCGGCGAGUUCGCCCGCCGCCUCGCCUGCGUCGAUCUCCAUCGCCGCCGGCGUCUGCUGCUUCCGCCGCAUCCUCGCUCGCUGGUUACGAGCCUGGGAGAAGUUGAGGCAAAGACCUGCAGCAAAAUGUUUUAUGCAGGAUAUGGCUACCAUGGGAGUAACUUUGAGCAAACAUACCGUUGUUAUCCAGCAUCUUUCUUUGACAAGCCACACCUGGAAGGUGGCGACAAAGUAAUUAUGCCACCAUCUGCUCUUGAUCGGCUUGCUUCUCUGCACAUUGAAUAUCCUAUGCUGUUUGAGUUGCAUAAUGAUGCAACUCAGCGGAUUUCACACUGUGGUGUGCUGGAAUUUGUGGCAGAAGAAGGCAUGAUCAUCAUGCCCUACUGGAUGAUGCAAAACAUGCUUCUUCAAGAGGGUGACACUGUCCGUGUAAAAAAUACAACCCUUCCCAAGGGUACAUAUGUCAAGUUGCAGCCUCACACAACUGACUUUUUGGACAUCUCAAAUCCGAAGGCCAUCCUGGAGAAAACACUAAGAAACUUCUCUUGUUUAACCACCGGCGAUAGUAUCAUGGUAGCUUACAACAACAAACAAUACUACAUUGACAUUGUUGAAACAAAACCUGCUUCCGCAGUUAGUAUUAUUGAGACGGACUGUGAAGUGGACUUUGCACCUCCUCUUGAUUACAAAGAACCUGAAAAUCCGCAGCAACCAUCAGUUCCUGCAAGUGAGGCAACUGCUGAAGAUGAAAAUGCUAAAGUUGAAGAUGAACUGAAAUUCAAGCCGUUUACUGGUUCUGGAAAGCGGCUGGAUGGUAAAGCCUCAAAGCUACAAGCAACAGAGGUCCCUUCUGCCUCACGUUCUUCCCCUUCAGACUCAAACAAAAGGGUGAAUCAGGAAACGUUAGCACCAGCAUCUUCAGGAGCUAGCAACUCCACACGCCAGAAAUCAGGAAAGCUUGUUUUCGGUUCAAGUGCAAACAACAACAAAGAACCGCAAAAGGCUUCCGUUAAGGAUGAUGAGUCUCCAAAGAAGGACGAGCCCAAGUUCCAAGCAUUUAGUGGGAAGAGCUACUCCUUGAAACGUUAGCUGGAUUUUGUAGCCUUAACUUUUGGAAUGAGCCAUCCUAAUUCACUUGGUGAAUGUGUGGGGCCGUCUGGCUACUCUAGCGUAGACAAAUGCGUAUAUUCACUUUUCAUACUAUGAAACACUAGCAUGUAUAUCCAAAUUAAACUAUAUAAAUGCUUUAGCGUGAUGGAAAUAUUGCAUUUACAGUUAUAUUUAUUUACCCGCGGCUAACUCAUUGGCCCUUUUGGUCC